AUGCAUACAUGCGUUUUGUGGCUGGGUUCCUUUGCUGACGGCAGCUGUCGUUUCCGACGGCCCCACCAUGGAGUGGGGAGUAAGGUUGUGCGCCGGUGCUUGGAGACUCGGCCGUGGUUUUGCGCUGCUUUGGACCGGGCUGGUGGUGCAGGUUUUCACAAGACGGUUCUGUAUCAGUGCCAGUCACAGCUUUCAGCUUUAUCAAAGAAAGAAGACUUGAAACUGCAUGGACUCGUGCAGUUGUCGACAGACGGCUCUGUGUUUGAGGAGGGUGUGCUGACGAACUGGAGUGCCGAGGACGAAUUGCAGAGACACCAUUAUGGUUUGCCAGCAGAUGCUUACAAUUUGCAUGUUCAGUCGACGUGCAAAUGCACCGAGCCUGUUGCCGUGCAUCAUAAGCUGAGUCGUGCAGUGGGUUCUGGCGGCCUGAGUGUCAUUGACAGGAACAACCCCUUGUUCGUUGCUCAUUGGGGCCAUGGCGGCGCCCAUGGCAGUGCAUCUGAUGUGCGACUGUUGACAGUGGCAGGUGAGGAGAGUGUUGAAAGGGUGCUUUCGACUUGGAACUGUGAUCGUAGGCCUGAGGAUCUCCCUGUUUUGUUGCUUCCAUGGCCCAUCGUGUAUCUUCUGCUCAACGGAUCUUGGAGCAGCAUUUUGCUGCUUUUGCGCUGGCACAGCCAGCUGCAUCUGCAUCGUCACCGGAUUCCGCGGGGGCCCGUGGAGAGCUGGCCGCCUCAUGAUGCGGUUGUGUGGCAAAAGCGAGGCCAAAGCCUUCAGAAAAAUGAACCUGACACGGAACCCCCCGCUUUGCUGCGGCUCGAUGCUGAGACGCUUGGUCAGUUCGCCUCCAAGAUCCGGGGCUGGGUGCCGCUUUUGCUUGGUGAGGAUCGGCCUGGCCCUUCUCGCGAUAUGGUGCGGCAAGAUGUAGACUUGAUUCUCACCACACUGGAUCGAUGGAGCUUUUCUUGGCGGCAGGCGAUGGGAAUGGUGAGCAUUCCUGGUGGGGGUUCUCAUUUCCGCCACAACUCCCGCAAACUUCUUGAAUGCAUUCGACUCUCCAGUUUUCUGAGAGGCGGGCCUACUGCAUUGGCUGAUGUUGUUUCGCAGUCGCUGGCAACCGUGCUUCCAGAGUUUUUGCGUGCUCCCUUCAUCCAGAGCCUUUCGUCUCCAAAUAAGACAGGCCAUGCAAUCUUGCCAGGUGCUUCUCUGCUUCGUCGCUAUGAAGUAGCGCUCGAUGUUGCUUUGAUGCUGUGUGCCAAGCAGCGUUCAAAUCAGAGAUGCUUUCGUGUUGGCUGGACUGAUUCGUCGCCGCUUGCAGGAUACGAUUGGAUCUGGUCUCAAUAUCACGAGAUUCCUGAAUCAUCUGUGAUUGCUUGCUUCAAGGCGGUGCGCGAGCUGCAUCGUGCCGUGUCGGAUUAUGUUGCACAGCAUGAGGAGGCACUUGAAGCUGCCGAGGCUGCCGACGAUGAGAGAGAUGUUGAACCUUUGAGCACGGAGCCUUUGCCUGAGUGGCGUCCUUUGUUGGCGCUUCUGGCAAAAAGCAUUCACGAGCACAUCCACCCACCAGCAGCCCUGGGCAGUGGCCACCGCUCACUUGCGGACAAGGCCGCAGCGGAGGUACACAAGUGGCAGUUGGAGACAAGUGCCGUGACCCCGCUAGCGGAACAUAGCUUGUCGUAUGUUGCCCACUGUAGUGACAUGGGUACCGAGUUGAGCCUGCCCGACUUCCAGCUCCCAGGUUCUGUUGAGCAUAUGCUUCCGUCCUGGCAGCGGCAGGCUAUGCCUGACAUUGACGUUGAUGGCGGCGUGUGCCCCGAGCCCGUCCUUGAACCUGCGCCUGCGCAAUAUCACGAAGACGUUGAUGGUGCCAUGCUUGAUGCUCCGCGUGAGGAUCCGGAUGAUGUCGAUGUUGAUGGCCCGCGGCCUGCUAGUGACAAUGAAGUCCCACAGGAAGGGCACAUGGAUGUUGAGGCUGAGCAUGGUGAGCCAGCUAGGCCACGAGCUGAAGGAUCCGACACAGUGUUCUUCAUGCCGAAUGCGUUCCCCAUUGCCGGCUUGCAGCAUGUGGUCAACAACCUUUGCUCCGAUGUGCAUCAAAGCUUGAGUCGCUGGAAUGAUUUUUAUAGCAGUUUGAAGGCUAUCGAAGCCUUGCUCAGAGUCGAUGAAAGGCGACAGCGGUUCGUUUGGUGUUGCUUGCACGGGACAAACUUGGAGGGUCAAUCAGGUCGCUUCGCAACUUUCCGUGGCAGCUUGUACGAGAACCGUUGGCAUGAGGUGCUGGGGUUCCUGAGGCAACUGAAGCCUCUCCUUCCUAUCUUGGCCAAAGCAUGGGACGCACAAAAGUAUGUUCGUGGCGUUGACAUCAAUGGUGCUGCACGGCCAGUGCAAGCACAGGCUGAGCAGGCUCAGCAAUCUCGGCAAGGCUUGGUGUCACUGGAUCCAGACAAGAUUUCGGAAGCAGUCUGCAGUUCUUUCUUCCACGCGUAUGUCGGCAUGGCCUUGAAGCUCGAGGAGAUUCCAGAACAGCUCGCAAGCUCUGCCGAAUCGUGCAUGUGUCAUCGCCACUUGUUCAGGCAUUUGAGUGUCCAUAUGCAGAGGAAGUGCUUGCAGCAGCACUACGCCAACCAAAUGUUCGUAUGCCCCUUAGCCGGAAAGCUGGCGCCAGAAAUUGUCGGUGGUGAUCUGGAGACUGCGUUUGAGGAGAUCUGUUCUACUCAUGAAACUCAACUUCAAUUGUUGCCGUUGCCGAUGCUGCCACCCAUGUCUGCUGAUGAGUGGAGCAGCCUUUUCGAUGAUUUUCGCUCAGGCAAAACAAUGAUGCUCCUUCUCUUGAGGCUGAAGACAUCGUGCUUGCAGAAGCUGCCCUGGCUUUUCGUCGGUCUGGCGCAUGUCUGCCAGCAAACAUCUCGUGAGAUCGGUGCUCAGAUUUUGCGGCAGUGGGAACUGGACCCAAGACCCGAAGCACACCACAGGAUCACUGCCAAGUUGCUUUCCCCAGGGAGUUUUUUGGAUUCAUUGAAAGCAUGGGUUGAAGGGGCUAAUUUCGAUGGCCUUUGUGAAACGUUCCAGAAGCAGGUUUCGGCUUGGCGCUUCACCCCGAUUGUCGAAACGACAAUCGAGGAAAAACAUGCAAGAGGACCUGCACGCAUGCGUGUGGUCUUGACCAAGAUUAUCUACCACUGCGAUAUUCACAGCAUGUGUGAGUCUCAUGAAGAAUUUGUGAAAUCGAACGAGAAGCUCAAGCGGAAAGCAAACCAGGCCCAGGCUAAACUGCUCGAUCAGGCUUCGCAGCAGCGAGGCUUGACCCAUGAAGCUGUGCUGAUGAAUGCGAUGCAGCAACACAUGCUGCUGCACAACGAUCAACACGACGGAACUUGCCUCGCCGUGCAAAGUGUGGAAAGCGCUUUGAACGAACCUUUGACCAAAGCUGCUAGAUGUGUGCGUGAUGCUGACGAGGAUGCUGCGGAGAUUCGUCGGCCCGAUGUGGACGCAGAGGGUGAUAGCAAUGAUGUUGUGACUUUUCAGAUCGUCAUGAACAAUCCAGCUGACAAGAAGGUGAUUCGACCGACUGUGGGGGCUGGCGGCAGGCUGACUAAGGGUGCUGUUGUGAUUUCCCACACGAGCUUGUGUGGGGAGAAUGCUUUGUCCUCAGACACAGUAUUGAUAGGUGAGAACCCUGAGGCUACUCAAGAUGUAAGCGGCCAGUUUCUGCUUCGCGGCUUUGCUGGCAACUUGGACGAACUGCAAACGACCAUGCGCACGUGGGCUUCGGCCAGCCUUGCCUGGACCCUGCGCAACAGCAAUCUUUACGGCUUUCAGCGUGGCGAGCUUCAUAACCUUCUUCAUGGAAUGGUGACUGCGGGGGCUUUCGAGUCUUCUGAAGACAGUCUUGGCUUUUCAGCAGUGCAGACGCAGAUGCCAGUUUUGCAGGUCUUGGCGCAGCACGGCGUCGUCACAUCCACUGGGCGGGAAGAUAUUCGCUGGCAUCUCACGGACAAAGCUACGAAGCAGUUGACAACAUGCUCGAAAUUGGAGAAUCCUUCGCGUGUUUUCCGAGUUCGAGAGCAUCUGCCCUUGCAAGAAAGGAGUACUUAUGAGUUGAUGAUGGCUAUGCAAGAAGCCGGCUGGGAAUGGCGUCGAUGGGUGCCACCGUCAAAGCGGACACGUCGCAUGGCGAUUGCAGGUGAUACUUUUGAUGACUACAGCAGGGGGGGGCGAAAGCUUUGGUGUUCCAACGAGAGCCCCAAUCGCACAUGGCAGGAAGAAGCCUGCUACAAGAACAUCCUGCGAGGGGAUCUGGAAGACGAGCUGGCACGAUUUCGAGCACUUCCAGCUGAGAUUGAUGAAGCGUUGCCAGACGAUGCUGCAGGUCAUGCACCGCCGCCAAGGCUGGAAGAUGCAGACGAACCUGGAGCUGCUGAUGAUCCAGCGGCAGACGACCAUGCGGAUUCAGACGACUUGGAAGCCAUGCUGGGGGAGCUGAUCGAGGAACAUGAGCAGAAUGCUGUGGAUGACGAUUCUGUUCAUGAUGACGGAGCCGAUCAGCUUGAAGUCCCGGAAGCCGUAGAGGAGCCGGCUGCUGCUCCCGAUGGAGCAGUGCCGGCAGCAGCAGCGGCAGCAGCACCUGCUGCUGCGAAUCCUGUAGCAGCUGUGGCGCCCGCUGCGGCUGGACCCAGGCUAGAUGGCGGCUUCUUUGGAAUGUUCAGAAUAUCUACGAAGGCACCCGGUACUGUCGCUGGCGGCCACUACGGCGGAUAUCAAGCGACCUGCUUGUACCAUGCCAAAAACUCCAGAACCGGUUGCAAACGUUACCUCUCUGUGCCAGGCCCCAGCCAAGCAGACAGAGACCUCACAUACCGCCGCCUUUGCUGGUGGUUGUGCAUGUCUGCAGACUACAAUCGUCAAUGUCAUCACUUGGUGGUGCCGUUGCCUGCCGACAGGUGUCCAAGCAUGGCUGUGUUGCAAGCACAGCGUGCUCCCAAGAGUGCAUCCAAGAGUAAAGCGAAGCCCAAGGCAGCGGCACGAAGCGCCCCUGCGGUCCCUGCGUGUGACGAGGAUGAAGCAGGGGACGAUGAUGAUAUGCUUUCUUCUGAUUCUGAUUCCUCCCACGAUCGUGAUGGUGAUUCAUCCCACAGCAGCAGAAGCUCUAGCUCCUCCAGCAGCAGUUCAGACUCAGACUCUGGAUCAGAUGCUUCCUAG